CACAAUAUCACCCACCCUUGGUGCCGCAUGCAUUUGUCAAGAGUUCCAGGGGGGUUGCAAUUUGUGGGUCGGUCCUGAGGAACCAUUCAAGGACCAUUGGAAGUGGACCAUAUCUCUCCAUGAGAGAAAAGGAGACAUGCGCUCCUUCCUUCUUUGCCGGAGAGUUGUAGAUCUAUGGUGGCCAAGGGCCAUUUCCUCCAGGAUGAACUUGCCCUCCAGAGGACUCUGGGGAGGUAUGUGAGGAUGUGGCUAGAAAGAAUUGUUCGCCUCUGCCCACUGAGGUAUCUGAUCCCGAUUCUUCAGAAAUUCAUCUCCAUUUGCUCAGCCCUCCGUAGGAGAAGAGAUGCCCUGGCGGGCUUGAAACGCCCAGUCUGCUCACCAGCAAGACCAGUACAGCAUGCCAAAAAGCGACUGGGAAUCAUAGCCCGGCUUAUUCUAGCCUUGCUUCCCAGGCGGCUUGAACGGGAGCUGAGUUAUUCAGACACCAAUGGGGGAUCUUGCAUCCCCAAAGAGACUCUGAACAUGUCGGUGAACCCGUCGGGGAAAGGGAGUAAGAGGAAGCAGGACGACGUCUUGCUGGAAGAGCACCAGUGUUGGGUGGAAACGCUCCUCCAGGAAUUGCCGGAGGAAGAUGACCCUGAGGACUCAACCUACGAGCCCACAAAGUCAGAGACAGACAGUGAGGAGUAUAAAUCCCACAACAGCACAGAGACCGACCUGGAGUUCGAGGAGAAGAACGGGAUGCUGAUGCUGAAGGAACGUCCCACUCUGCAGGAGGCUCCGAACAAUGAAGAUGAGUUGGCCAUCGCCACGGUUCCCGAACCCAGAGCCGAGAGCGAAAGGGCCCCGGAUUGCCAGACUUUGGAGGACAGAAGCGAGGACCAUGCAUCCCACAAGUGCCAAAAUGACGCAGAGCCUUGAUGUGAGUGAUUUCUUUCCUGGCUGAGAAGUUAUAAAAUAUGGACACCUUCCUUUGGAGUCUUCCUCUCCUUUCCCUUCUGCCUAUCGGUCCAGUGUUUGCAUCUCUCUUACGGAUUCCGGUGGUUCAGCCGGUUGAUGAUUGUAAUAAUUGUAUUUUCUCUUAAUUGUUGUGGAAAUUUGCAAUAAAGUCUUGUUUUUUCA